AUGACGCUCGCAACUAUUGAUACUGUAGAAAGUUUUACUAGUUUUGUAAGUUCACCUACAUUAACAGUAGUACAUUUCUGUGCGGAAUGGGCAGAUCAAUGUGGCCCUGUUACAGAAGUCCUUAAAGAAUUGUUAAAAUUACCUGAAAUCCAAAGUAGUUGUACUAAAUUUGCUGUGUGUGAUGCUGAAAACUUGUCUGAAAUCUCAUUGAAAUAUAAGGUUGAUUCUGUGCCAACGGUUAUAUUAUUUAAAAAUGGUCAGCCUUUAGACAGAAUUGAUGGGGCAGAUGCGUCCCAAAUUUCUUCUAAAGUAAAAGCCCUUAGCGGGGGAAAUGUAAAUGCUCCAAAACAAUCAUUAGAAGAGAGACUCAAAGCCCUAAUUAAUAGACACAAUAUAAUGGUUUUCAUGAAGGGAACAAGAGACCAACCGAGAUGUGGUUUUAGUAGGACACUCAUACAAAUUCUAAAUGGAACUGGCUCAGCAUAUGAUACGUUUGAUAUCCUAACAGAUGAAGAAGUUCGUCAAGGGCUGAAGACUUAUUCCGAUUGGCCAACAUACCCCCAAGUCUAUGUGAAAGGGGAACUGAUUGGUGGAUUAGAUAUAAUUAAAGAAAUGUUAGCUAAUGGGGAAUUGGAAUCUACACUGAAUGCCUAA